AUGUUUGCAAAGGGGAUGAGCUCCAUGCAGCUAUCGAGAUCGGCGCGGUGGAGCAUCACGCGCGCUGCCUCUGCCAAGGAGCCCCAGACUGAGGUCGCAGAAGAGGAAGAUCUGUGGCAGUAUGCAGAGCGGGAUCAGUGGUAUGCGGCACGCUUUGCGGCGGACGAUCAGCCGGACUGGGUCGCGGGCUCCUUCCUGCGCUACAAGCAGCUGACUCCCACCAUCAGGGAGGUGGUGGUCGGGGUGGAGAUCAGCCGGGAGCGCAUUCCCCUCCGUAAUGCAUACAAGCAUGUCGGCCAGCGGGCCUGUGUCAGGAUCAACAGCGGCACCGAGCAGGAGGUUCCAGUGUCCAGUCCGCCCUUUCCUCAAUCCCUGCUGAGGGAGGUGCUGCUCACAGUGCGAGGAGAUCUUUACGCGGAGGAGACAAAGACUGCCAGGGAGCUGACAUCUGUCACAGCAGAGCUGUCACUGUUUGUCAGCAGUGAAGAGUACCCUGACAUCUACAAGCUGUCAGCAGAGGACACCCUCGAGAUAGGUCCUUUCAAGGGGUCGGGUCUCGACCUGCGAGGCAGCCUGCUCGGGAUAUUCCAGCACCCCACGGUGGUCAUCUUUGCCCAGGGCAGUGGGAUCGCCACCGCCAAGGCCCUCCUCCUGGCCUCCUCGGACGUGUGCGGGCUGAACCUGCGCAUGCGCACGGGGGAGAAGCGGCUCUACUAUCGGGCGCGGACGCAGGCGGCCCUGACGUAUGCUGAGGAGUAUGAGGCGUGGGAGGAGGCAACUGGGGUCAAAGUGGUCACCGCCACUCGGGACAGCUUUGCAGACAUGUUUGACGACGACGACACGCUCGAGUAUGAGCCGGCCUCGACGGCAGCCAUCCUGUUGACCGGUGGCGACGAGGAGAGCGAGGAGGAUCUCCUGGAGCUGUGCAAGGAGGCCGAGAUCAACUGCAUCGUGAGGCAGAGCGUGGAGGGCGCCCUCACCGAGUACCUCGCCAAGGGAAAGGGCGCAUGA